UUUGACAUUGCAAUGAAUACAUUGAGAGUGGAUAUCAACCAUAAUGGUCACGAUCUGGAUAAUCACGAACAUACCCUGGAUCGAAUUAUAAAAGCCUUAAAAUCGCCCACAAUGGUGUGUGAGGGUACACAUUUUGAUGGGCAAAUUCCGCACACCUUUGUCAUAUUUGGUGCAUCGGGUGAUUUGGCCAAAAAGAAAAUCUAUCCAACUCUGUGGUGGCUAUAUCGUGAUAACUUGCUGCCGAAACCAACAAAAUUUUGUGGCUAUGCUCGUUCGAAAAUAACAUGCGGGGAUAUUCGUAAAGCCUGUGAGAAAUUUAUGAAGGUCCAACCACACGAACAAAAACUAUACGAAGAGUUUUGGCGUUUGAAUGAAUACGUUUCGGGUAAUUAUGAUGGACGUUUGGGUUAUGAAAUGCUGCAGCAACAAAUGGAGGCCAUGGAAAAUAAGGGCAUUGCUAAUCGUAUAUUUUAUUUGGCCUUACCGCCGUCUGUAUUCAACACCGUCACGGUACAGGUGAAAGAGAUAUGUCUAUCAAAGAAAGGCUGGAAUCGUGUAAUUAUCGAAAAACCCUUCGGCCGUGAUGACAUCUCCUCGAAAGAGCUUAGUGAUCAUUUGGCCUCACUUUUCCACGAAGAACAAAUUUAUCGUAUCGAUCAUUAUUUGGGCAAAGAAAUGGUGCAAAAUCUAAUGACCAUACGCUUCGGUAAUAAGAUAUUGGGUUCAACGUGGAAUCGUGAAAAUAUUGCCUCCGUGUUGAUAACAUUUAAGGAGCCAUUUGGCACGGAGGGACGUGGUGGCUAUUUCGAUCAAUUCGGUAUUAUUCGUGAUGUUAUGCAAAAUCAUUUGUUGCAAAUUCUAUCCCUGGUGGCCAUGGAGAAACCGGUUAGCUGUCAUCCGGAUGAUAUACGUGAUGAGAAGGUUAAAGUGUUGAAAAGUAUACGAGCAUUGACGCUGGAUGAUAUGGUUUUGGGUCAAUAUAUUGGUAAUCCCGAGGGAACGGGUGAAGCAAAAUUGGGUUAUUUAGAUGAUCCAACAGUUAAUCCGGAAUCUACCACACCCACCUAUGCUUUGGGAGUGUUGCACAUCAACAAUGAACGUUGGCAGGGUGUACCGUUCAUAUUGCGUUGCGGCAAAGCAUUGAAUGAACGUAAGGCUGAGGUUCGUAUACAAUAUCAAGAUGUACCCGGUGACAUAUUCGAGGGUAGUGCCAAACGUAAUGAACUGGUUAUACGUGUCCAACCCGGUGAGGCGUUGUACUUUAAAAUGAUGACCAAAUCGCCGGGUAUCACUUUCGAUAUUGAAGAAACGGAGCUGGAUUUGACGUAUGAACAGCGUUACCGAGAUUCCUACUUACCCGAUGCCUAUGAACGUCUGAUCUUGGAUGUGUUCUGUGGCUCGCAGAUGCACUUUGUGCGAUCCGAUGAGUUGCGCGAAGCUUGGCGUAUUUUCACACCGAUACUACAUCAAAUCGAGGAUGAGAAAAUUAAACCAAUACCCUAUGUUUAUGGAUCACGUGGCCCCAAAGAGGCGGAUCGUAAAUUACAUGAAAGUAAUUUCUUAUAUUAUGGUUCAUAUAAAUGGCAUGGUAAUAAUGGUUUAAACAAUAAUAAUAACAAUAACAACAAUAAUAAUAAGUAA